CCUUGCUGAGCAGAUGGCUUGCCUGGAGUCUGGUGGAAACUGCCCUCGGCCCAGCCUGGUGGGGUGAGGGGCGGCCCCUGUGUCCCAGCCCAGGGGAGCACCUGGCAGUGGGCAGUGUGCUUGCUUUCCAGCUGCUGGCUUGGUGACUGUGGACCCGUACUUGCUGCAGAAGAGGACCUCCAGACAUCUGCAAAGCCAGGGACAGCAAGACAGGGCUGCAUCCAUCUGCCCAUGCACCAGCUAGCACCAGUCCCUAUCCGGAUGCCUGCCACUGUUCUAGGCACUUCUGAGGCUCUUCCUAUUCUCUACUUCCUGUCAGCCAUAAAAUGAGCAGCCCUUGCGCCAUCCCAUUUCCACUUUGGAGCCUGCCUGCCAUGGACCAAAACCUCUGAAACCAUGAGCCCGAGUAACUUCUGCUCCAUUAAGUAGCAGAUCCGGAACAUGGUGGCGGUGCUGGAAGUCAUCUCCAGCCUGGAGAGAUACCCCAUUACCAAAGAGGCACUGGAGGAGACUCGACUUGGGAAGCUCGUCAACGAUGUCCGCAAGAAAACCAAGAACGAGGAGCUCGCCAAGCGGGCCAAGAAGCUGCUGCGCAGCUGGCAGAAACUCAUCGAGCCUGUGCAGCAGAAUGAGGUGGCACUGCGUGGGGCCAACGGGGGCGCUCACAACUGCCGGCCGGAGGCCGGGGCCAGCGUGUCCAAGGGUGUCCCCGACCUCAAGCACCGCAAUGACCUCCAGAGGCUGCCAGGGCCCCGGCUGGACAGGUUGGGCAGCCGCAAGCGCCGAGGGGACCAGCGUGACCUCGGUCAUCCUGGCCCGCCUCCCAAGGUCUCCAAAGCUUGCCACGACCUCCUGGGUCCCAACUCCUCCCCACUCCCCACCAACGGGAUCAGUGGGAGCCCGGAGAGCUUCUCCAGCCCCCUGGAUGGCAGUGGGCUCAUGGGCUCUGAGGGCAGCCGCCUGGAGGCUGUCGAGAACGACCAGCUCAGCGGCAAGGUCCCUGUGAACGCUGUGAGGCCACACCCCAGCUCCCCAGGCCUGGGCCAGCCCCCUGGGCCCUGCUUGCAGGCCAAGGUAGAAGAGACCUCUGGGCCCCCCCAUCCCAGGGCGCCGUCUCGCUGCUCCUUCAGCCCCCGGAACUCACGGCAUGAGGGUUCCUUUGCCCGCCAACGGAGCCCGUACACGCCCAAGGGCUCUGUGCCCAGCCCCUCCCCACGGCCCCUGGUGCUCGAGGCCACACAGGUGCCGUCCCCGCCGCCACUGGCCCAGCCGUCCACGCCCCCGGUUCGGCGGCUGGAGCUGCUGCCCAGUUCAGAGAGCCCGGUGCGUUGGCUGGAGCAGCCAGAGGGCCACCAGCGGCUGGCAGGCCUGGGCUGCAAGGCUGGGCUGUCCCCCACCGAGCCCCACCUGCCCCGGGCGGGCUUCUCCCCGGACUCCUCCAAGGCGGACAGUGAUGCAGCCUCCUCGGGUGGCUCGGACAGUAGAAAGAAAAAGAGGUACCGGCCCCGCGACUACACGGUGAACUUGGAUGGGCAGGUGGCUGAGGCGGGUGUCAAGCCUGUCCGGUUAAAAGAGCGCAAGCUCACCUUUGACCCCAUGACGAGACAGAUCAAACCUCUGACCCAGAAAGAGCCAAUGCGGGCUGACAGCCCCGUGCACACGGAGCAGCCUCCCAGGACAGAGCUGGACAAGCAGGAGGCCAAGGCCAGCCUCCAGAGCCCCUUCGAGCAGACAAACUGGAAGGAGCUGUCACGCAAUGAGAUCAUCCAGUCAUACCUGAGCCGCCAGAGCAGCCUCCUAUCGUCCUCGGGCGCACAGACCCCAGGGGCACACCACUUCAUGGCCGAGUACCUGCGGCAGGAGGAGAGCACGCGGCGAGGGGCCCGGCAGCCGCACGUGCUGGUGCCCCACGCGCCACCCGCCGACCUCCCGGGACUGAGCCGCGAGGUGACGCAGGGUGAUCUGGACCGACUGCAGGCCGACCAGUGGCCGGGGGUGAACGGGUGUCAGGACACACAGGGUAACUGGUAUGACUGGACGCAGUGCAUAUCGCUCGACCCACACGGCGACGACGGGAGGUUGAACGUUCUGCCUUAUGUCUGCUUGGACUGAGGGCCUGCGCCCCAAAAUGCAUUCCCAACCUGCAGGGCGGGCGGCCUGGGCGGGAGGGGGAGGAGCGCGGGGUCUCCCAGCCCUUCCCUCCACACGCUCCUUCUUUUGUGAAAUGCUGCUACCGGUUUACUAACACGAUUGCAAAGGAAGGACCGCGCAGAAGGAAGGACGGCCAAGGGAGUUCAGAACUCUAUAGCAACCAGCUGUACGGGCGGCAACCCCGCUGCAGGUAGGCACGGGACAGCGGUGGGAGAGUUGGUUACCUUUAAUGGUGACAGACGCAGGCAUCUCAUGUCUUCUUGCCUUUUCUGUUCCUGAGCUCGGCACGGUGUCUGUGAGACGGCGGGUGGGCUGGCCUUGGCCUCUGCCCCUGCCCAGCCCGGUCUGCAAGCGCUGGCAUCGGGUGGGUGGGCCGGCUGGCCGGCUUAACCCACACUCCAUCGCGGGGGCACCCACCCAUUCUGUCUGGUUUCGGUUGAACCCCGUUCUUAAAGAAAUGCUGCAGAAACUUGUUUUCUCAAGUUUAUUUUCAUCCCCUUUCAGCUGCCCAGCCACCAGCCAAAUACCUUCUUCUCUCUUCCUCCCUUUUCUUUUCCCUUCCUGCACAUACCUAGAAAAUGUCACCUUUCUAGAGCCUCCCCCAACAGCCAGCCAAACUCCACAGAGAAAGUGCGGGUGCUACUGGCGCGUUGAGCCGAGCUGUGGUGAGCAGGGAGCCUGUCUGCGCUGGGAACACUCAUAACCAUUCCUUUAGAUUCGUUUGCCUUAUGGUUAUUUGUCAUAAUGCGAUUUGCAAAAACAAGGAGCCUUAGUGAAUGUACAGUACCUAGACUUCUGUGUUCUCAGGACACAGAAGGGAGCAACUUUGCUAUUUGGUCCAGUAAGUGGACACCUUGUGAUAUAAAUGUGGAAAUAAAAAAACAAAACAUUUGCACAAA